AUGUAUUUAGUGACAUUUAGUACAGAUAAAGAGUUGGACAACAAAGAAGACAUGGAGGCCUCUCAAGAUACAGAGUACACUGCAUCCAAACACAAUUUAAACUCAACCACAAAGACUGAAAUGCUGGGAAACAAUGGCACCCUUGUGACCACGCUUGAUCUCACAGUGGGAGAGGAACGUUAUGGCACCAACCAUCCGCCUGCAGCCACACCUCCAUUACAGACUGGCAAGGAGAGACGUGAAGAGACUACAUCUGAUUUACCAGUGCAGUCAUCAUCCACAACUCCAUCUGUUUUACAGGCAACAAACAGAGCCACAGAUUACUCAAAAAACAAAGAUGACGAAAAGCCAAAAUGGUUUGGAAGUUUAUUGGGACUAUUAACAGAGUACAACCCGUCUGAUGUCAUAGGUACAUGCAUACUGGGACCAUGUGUGGUCUCCACUGGCGGCAAUGUGACCCGGCUACAGUGGGAGGACUUAAAACGGACACUAACCUUUGCUUGGGAGCUUCAUGUGUAUGGUUCAGCUGUAUUGUUUCUUUUGGUGGUUGUAGCUGCAACCUUCGGAGUGAUCAGUGGGGCUAAUAUGCACUAUCCGUUUUGCGAGGCCUUCACCCUUGCUAACAUCUUACUUCUGCUAGCAGGUCUGCUUCGAUCUGUACACCUCAUAAUUGACCCAUAUGGUUCCAGAAGCAUUCUGCCUCGGCCCGCCCUCACAGCUUUGUAUAACUUACCUGUUCCCUUAUUGCUCUGGGCCCAAGCCACACUGGCACUUCUUGCUUUGAGAGAAGAAACAUCACCACAGCGGCUUUCGGUGACUGGGGGGCUGGCAGCACUGCACUGUACCUCCCUCAUGUUGGCUGACCUGCUAUCCAAAACCUUAUCACCAGCACUGCCAUUAAUGCUGCAGACACUUACUAUUUGUUGGGGGUUACCACUUUGUUUAGGAAUCUUUUUCCAGUCUCUAAGGCAACUCUACGUCUCCCAUAGGACCCCACUACCAAGGUGGAGUGCCCCGAAGCGCUUAGAAAACAGUGUCAGGCGUGUGCUGUUGCUGUGUGCCCUACUCGGAGUGCUCUCUUGUGCAUUGCAAAUCUAUAGUUUCCUUUGGCUGUAUGGGUUACUUGGGGACUGGCGCAGAUUUGGGUGGGGCUGGUGGCUUGGGCAGCUCUCUGCUCGACUUCUUGAGCUGGCCUGGAGUUUCUCUCUUUUACUAUUGGGAUCUCGGGUGUUCUGGAGACCACAAGGAAGUAAGCAGACAGCUGAGAGAGCAGGGAAGAAGAAACAGGUGUCACGCUGGAACAGGCUAUUGGAUAGGUUACCAAUGGGGCCUUGGAGAAGACCGGACAGGAACUGGGCUGAACUGUUGCCGAAUAACUGGAAAAAUCACAAGCAGUCUCGUGCAAAUGUCAGCCCUUCGGUCAUCAGAAACCAAGCCACUCCAGCGACCUCAAUAAUGACUGUGCAUGACAACACUGGAGGUCUUAGUGGAGGCGUCCUAUACAGCAGCAGUUAUGACCAUCACGCCUCUCCUCUGUGGACUAGUGGUGUGGAAUGGCAAGAACACGAGUGCUUUCUCUCACUUAUUGAGUUUGACCUUCAGCCCCCUUCACCCAUCAACCUCCAUCAUAGCAUUGACAAGGCCCUCCAUCAUGCCCACAUGCUCGGUGUUGGUACCCUUUUCACUCCUUCAGCACCUUCCUGGACCCAAAAUGAAAGAUCAAGUGGUCCGCUCUGUGAUAAUGCUGCGUCACCCUCCUCCCCAACUAACAAAGCCUAUAGGUGGGCUUUAGAUAAUGGCUUGAGUCCUAAGCAUCUUGGCACUGUGGUACAACAGACUCAAGUGUCUGUGAUUGAGCCCCCAGCUUCCUUAACUCCAGAGACUGCCAGAAAAGUGUGGGAGAAAGAUAUGACCAUCCCAAGAGUCACUGCAAAUGAUGACUGCACCAGCUUAUCGAGUGAAGAUGAUGUCACUAAUUUUUGAAAUACUAAAUUGUUUAGCACUUUGGCACUUUCCACUUGCAAAAUUUAAGUGAUUUAGAUUUAAAAGUUUGUAAAUAGAUAAUCUUACUAUUCAAGUAAUUUAUUCAACAUUUUUAUUUACUGGAGUGUAAUGCAUACAUUAAAUGUGUAAUUAGUCAUUUUUAAAAGCUCUCUCUUCAUCUAUAAAUCUAUUUAAUACAUGUUCUAUGAAAUCUCUGAAUACUGUUUUUACAAACUGCAUAAAAAUAAAUAAAUAAAUAUUGUAACCCACUGACUCAUACUAAUAAAGGCACUUAAUUUUA